UCACCGGACACAACAGCAGCAUCCGAGGACACGAUGAACACACUACUGACCUUCUUCGUGCCCUUGUUACUCAGCUCGGUGGUCUGGAGUGGAUAUCUGGAGUAUAACCAAGAUGUCCUGAUACCGGAGGACUGGACUAAUGUGGGCCGGGUUGACCCGACAGAGGAGCUGGAGCUGACCUUUGCCCUGAAGCAGCAGAACACUGACCUGCUGGAGGAAACACUAAGACUGGUGUCGGACCCUGACUCAGCACAAUAUGGCAAACACCUCACCCUGGAGGAAGUGUCCUCCCUCGUGCGUCCGUCUGAACUGACCCAGAAGGUGGUGCGUCACUGGCUGCAGAGUCAUGGGAUUACAAACUGCCUGACUGUUCAAACUCAGGACUUUUUACAGUGCACCAUGACUGCAGAGGUUGCAGAGACGCUGCUUCCAGGCAGCAAGUUCCACCGUUACAUCAGAGACGGUUAUUCUCUGGUCAGGUCUUCAGCUCCGUACUCUGUUCAUGAUGAUGUUCACCAGCACCUGGACUUUGUUGGCGGGCUUCACCGCCUCCCUCCCCAAGGGCAGCAGGACCUCAGCAAAGCUUCCUACAGCAGGAGGCAAAAGCAGUCUAAGGUGGGGUUGCACCUGGGGGUGACUCCCGCCGUCUUGAGGGAGCGGUACAACCUGACAGCAGCUGAUGUGGGAACGGCUCAGGACAACAGCCAGGCUGUAGCUCAGUUCUUGGAGCAGUACUACAGCGCUGCAGACCUGGCUGAGUUCAUGAUCUUGUUUGGCCGGAGCUUCAAGCAUCACUCUCGGGUGGACCGGGUGGUGGGCACUCAGGGAAGAGGAAAGGCUGGUCUGGAGGCCAGUCUGGAUGUCGAGUACAUCAUGAGCACGGGGGCAAACAUCUCCACAUGGGUCUUCACCAAUCCAGGCCGUCACGAGUCCCAGGAGCCUUUCCUCCAGUGGAUGGUUUUGCUCAGCAACAUGUCAGACCUGCCCUGGGUUCACACCGUCAGCUAUGGAGACGAUGAAGACAGCCUGUCUACUGCAUACAUGUUGCGCAUCAACACGGAGUUUAUGAAGGCUGGCGUCAGGGGAAUCUCUCUGCUCUUUGCCUCUGGUGACAGUGGUGCCGGCUGCAGACAUUUGGGUAAAAAACAAAACUCCUUCAGGCCAAGUUUUCCUGCUUCAAGCCCAUAUGUGACCACGGUUGGAGGAACCUCAUUCAAGAACCCAUUUGAGGUCUCUUAUGAAGUCACAGAUUACAUCAGUGGAGGAGGCUUCAGCAAUGUUUUCGCGAUGCCUGACUACCAGGCCAGUGCAGUAGAUGCAUAUCUGAAGACUGUGGCAGCAAAACUCCCUCCCGGGUCAUAUUUCAACACCAGCGGCAGGGCCUAUCCAGACAUGGCCGCCCUGUCUGAUAACUACUGGGUGGUCAUCAACAAAGUACCCAUGCCCUGGGUGUCCGGCACCUCGGCAUCAACCCCUGUGGUGGGAGGCAUGCUGUCUCUCAUCAACGACCAGCGGCUGCUUAAGGGCCUUCCCGCCCUGGGCUUCCUCAACCCUCGCCUCUACAAGCUCAAAGGACGGGCCCUAUUUGAUGUUACCGAAGGCUGUCAUCUGAGCUGUCUGGAUGCACAGGUUCUGGGUCAAGGUUUCUGUGCUGCGCCAUCUUGGGACCCCGUUACAGGCUGGGGGACACCGAACUACCCUGCACUGCUGGCUGCCCUGCUAGCUGAAUGACAAGCCACACUCCCAUCCAAACUCGACCAGGUGCCUGAUAUCUAAGGCUGGACAGUGAGUUAAGAGGGAAACAAAUGCCUACGCUUUAGAUGUAUGCCUUUUUAUUCAGAUUGUUUGUUUGAGGUUGAAACACUGCAUUUAUUCCAGUCUUCAGGAAUGCUUUAUCUUGUCAUCAUCACUUCUAUCCAGUUAAGGAUAUGCUCGACUCUUUUAUUAGUAUAACUUUGUUUUCUCCAGAAGGAUCUGUUUCCUUGCUUCCUUUAAUGUUACACUGCAGUUGCCUGUUUUUGCUGUUCACUGCAUUUUUAACUGACCCAGAUUUCUUGGUGAAGCUGCCUCGACAUACACUAAAUGGGAAGUGUGGGUAAACUGGUUGCUCUGCAUUAAGGACAUAAACAUAGAACACAAACACCAAUUACCUCUUAGUUGUGCACAUAAGCCUACUGGAAUAUUUUUAAAAAUAUUAAUAGUGUCUAAUAUGUUAGAUGUCAAUCAAAAAUCUGUAUGACAGAUGCAAGUGACAGUUUAGCAUGUAAUUGGAUACAGCUUUAUUUUGUAGUAAGAUCUGUUUCGCCAUACUAAUCUUCAGGGACGAGCUAGGUACAAUUAAUAAUUUCAUUAAAUACCAAAUAUUUGCAUGCAUUUCGAAAAAUGUUGCUCAUGCAUUUGCAGUAAAAUGGGAACAUACAGUAUGUGGCUUACAACUAAUAGAAUCCUUUAAAAACUUGAUUUUACUUUUGUACGGCUUGUUGCCGUUUUCUCUGCGGCUAUGAAGUAAUCCAAAUGCACUGUAGUAUGUGGGUUAAAAGUGAUUAAGCAAUUCUGCCCACCAGCAUUGUUGCACUUGUUUUUAUCCUUUAGCCAUGUAAAUUGUUGUGUCAGAUGUCUUUUAAUGUGAGAGACUGCCUGUGCUGUUUUGGAAUUGAAUAAAACUGAAUUUUUUUUUUUUUACAAAAUAC